UCAGCAUUAAAAAUAUAAUAUUAAUCAAUCAUUGCUAUUCGAGGUACUUAUAGUCUCUGGAUACAAAUAAUUCGGCACACAAGUUUAUCACGCAUUGUUGCCGCAUAAACCAUCCUAUCCAACCUGGUUGUGAGACAAACAGUAAAUAAAUUCUACAACAAAUGGUGGCGCCAGCAAACACAUUGCAAAAUAGCACAAACUCCGACGAAGAUGAGUCCGUACGAGCCGCGCCCACUUCCAUGCUAUUGCUGGAUGCUAAACGCAAGAGUGCGUUUCUGCCCUAUCGUCCCCAGUCGACCGUCUUGACCAAUCUUCAGCGAGGAAACACUGAAGCCACAUUUUGUCCCGUGGAAGUGUUGCUCUCCUUUCACGAGCGCGCGGGUCAGGGUGAGAUUACCGAGGAGCAAGUGACUGCGGAGCUAGGAAGGCAGAAAGACAUUGACUGCAAGGAUGCUCAUGGGUUCACAGCGCUCCAUUGGGCCGCAUCGUAUGGCCAACUGGUCUCAGUGCAAUUGCUUGUAUCAGUUGGGGCAAAUGUAAACAGCCUGGCCCCAGACUUGGUAACUCCUCUGCUAUUGGCAGCCUCCGGAGGACACAAUGAGAUCGUGCGGUACCUCUUGGAGCGCGGCGCCCAUUCUUCACACAUGGACAUUGUGGGAAAUACGGCUCUAAUGUACGCAGCUGCCGGCAAUCAUCCGCAUACUUGCAAUGAACUUUUGGCCAAAGACUUGGACUUAAGUGCAACCAAUGAGAACGGGGAGACAGCCUAUUCCCUGGCGGUGGAGCAUGGAUCACAUCUGGCUCAGGCUUUGCUAGAGCAGUACAUGACCGCCAUAAUCACAGCGGGUGCAUUUGGCAGUAUUUAACUGUAGGUAAACUUAGAAAAUUUAAUUAGGAAAAUUCUUCAUAUACGAGUAUGUAUGUACAAAGAUAUGUACAUGUUGCAUCCCCGAUUCUUGGGUGAUAUUGGAACAUAAACGAGCAUAUGUAACUUUAUUAAAACUCAAACAUCUUAUUCUUA